CAGCAUUCGAAAAGCACAAGUUAGUCAAUCCCUUCAUGAGCCUGAAACAGAGCAUCUGUGCUCGUCAUGAUGAGGUGAUGAAGAUUUUCUGUCGUACUGAUCAGCAGAGUAUCUGUUAUCUCUGCUUAAUGGAUGAACAUAAAGGUCAUGAAGCAGUUCCAGCUGCAGCAGAAAGAGCUGAGAAGCAGAAGAAGCUGGAGGUGAGUCGACAACAAAUCCAGCAGAGAAUCCAGGACAGAGAGAAAGAUCUGAAGCUGCUUCAACAGGAGGUGGAGGCCAUCAAUGGCUCCGCUGAUAAAGCAGUGGAGGACAGUGAGAAGAUCUUCACUGAGCUGAUCCGUCUCAUCCAGAAAAGAAGCUCUGAUGUGAAGCAGCAGAUCAGAUCCCAGCAGGAAACUGAAGUGAGUCGAGUCAAAGAGCUUCAGGAGAAGCUGGAGCAGGAGAUCACUGAGCUGAAGAGGAAAGACGGCGAGCUGGAGCAGCUCUCACACACAGAGGAUCACAACCAGUUUCUACACAACUACCCCUCACUGUCAGCACUCAGUGAGUCUACACACUCAUCCAGCAUCAACAUUCGUCCUCUCAGAUACUUUGAGGAUGUGACAGCAGCUGUGUCAGAGACCAGAGAUAAACUACAGGACAUCCUGACAGAGAAAUGGACAAACAUCUCACUGGCAGCCACUGAUGUGGAUGUUUUACUGUCUGAACCAGAACCAAAGAGCAGAGAUGACUUCCUAAAAUAUUCAACAGAAAUCACACUGGAUCCAAACACAGCAAACAACUGGUUGGUAAUAUCACACGGGGGGAGAAAAGUUACUGUUCAAAGAAGUAAUAAGCCAUACAGUCAACAUCCAGACAGAUUCAUUCAAAUAUCUCAAGUCCUGAGCAACAAUCAGCUGACUAGACGUUGUUACUGGGAAGUGGAAAGAAGCAGCAGUGUUGGAGUAGCUGUGGCUUACAAAACCAUUGGCAGAUCAGGAAACUUCUGUUCACACGUUUUUGGAUACAAUGACAAAUCUUGGGUUUUACAUUGGAGCAACAGUUUUAAUUUCUGGCAUAACAACAUCCCAGCCAGCAUCUCAGGUCCUCCUUCCUCCAGAAUAGGAGUGUAUCUGGACCACAGAGCAGGUAUUCUGUCUUUCUACAGCGUCUCUGAAACCAUGACUCUCCUCCACAGAGUCCAGACCACAUUCACUCAGCCGCUCUAUGCUGGACUUUUUCUUGGUGGUUCUGAUGGAGACACCGCUGAGUUCUGUUUACUCAUUUAACAGACAGAUGGAUUCCUGAUUAUGUAAUUAAGUAUGAUUCAGAUAAAGAACCUAAAGUAAGAGCAUCGGUCGAUAUCUGGGUUGAAGUGUGGGUCUAAUUUUGACAAGGCAACUAAUGAGUUGAAAACCACAAGUUGAAAACAGUGGUCAUAAUUGCAAAGACUAAGCUCCAUAUGUAGCCCUGAUUCUGGACCAUGACAUGUUCUUCUGUAGUUUCUUAAAGAAGCAAUUUAAAAGGUGAAUAUUUACUUGAAAUAAUUUUAAAAUGAAAAACACAAGUUCAACGAACGACAAUGAGCUUCUCUAUUACUUUUAGGGGAAAAACUGCAUCAGACUUAUUUAAAACAACGAAAUAUGUUUGUAAUGAAAACAAACACAUCUUCUGUUUGUGAUUAGUGUGAAAUAUUGGUCUUCGUUUGUUUUUAAUCAGUAAGAAUCAGAAUUAAAGCUGGUAAAACUUUCAUGAUUUAUUUUUAUAUAUGGCAGUUAAUGGGAUAUUUUUUGUUUUUUUAUUUAAACUUAAUUCAAACUGAGGAAGGUAUUUAAAUCCUUAAUCUGUGUGAUAUUAUAAUAUGCUGCAAUUACUGCAAUUUGUUAGUUUGCGUUGAAAAUGAUUGAUAGGGAAAUGUUUGAUCUACUUCUUUUUUAAAAAGUACAAUGUAAUAUGGUUCAUACCACCUUUAAAAUUAAGUAAAUAAAACCUCACAUUUAUAUACUGCAUUAUGUCAUUAUUUAUUCAACAUAAACUACAUCUUAUAAAAGGUGGAAAAGGUUUUUUAACAACCACAAAAAGCAGCAAAUUAACUGGGUGCUGCUUAAGCCACAAAACCAACAAUGCUGCUGUCCCCAGUAUUGACUUCAACACAAUACACAAAAUGGCUCACCUGCGUCAUUUGGAAAUUUUCAAGUAGUCGAUGCUAUUCUUACCUAAGCUGAUGCCAUUCCAGCAUUAGUUACAUAAUGCAUCUUUAAGAAACAUUAGGAACCUCAUAAAAAAGUAAUUAUCAGUGGAAAGUGGGUUUUUUAGAGCUCCCCCUGGUGUCUCAGAUGACGUUUUUUAGGGGAGUUCAUGAGCUUUUUAAACCUAAAAUUCAAACCCUGAUCUUGAAGAUGCGACUGCUGCUACUCAACAAAAACUGGAUCAAUGGGUCAUAUUACUAAGAGAAGAAGCAUGCAUCUUAACAAUCCCAGUAUCAGUAAAUCUCUCUACAUCCAACAUUUCUAUAACUGUUCAUCAAACUGUGACGCUUAUUUUGCAGAUGUAGUGAUAUUUAAUCUAAAAUCAGAUAGAUGUUGUAAUAACUUGCUUUCCAGAAGCUUGUCCAUCUCAUCUAAACAUAAUUAUGACUCCAGAUGAUCAGCGUAGCAUGCUAAUGUUAGCUAAGUUUGCAAAUAGCAUCAGUGUAGCAUAUCAUUAUUAUCAUUAGCACCAUCAUUAGCGUAAAAUACAAACCGUGACCUAUCCUUGUAAAGAUUACCUUAUUAUCGUUUAUAUUUUAAAUGUAUUUUUGAAAGUAAAAACAGAAGACUUUGGAGACUUUAAUUCCCACUUACUGUAACAUCUCAGAAAAUAGACUAUGCAAUAAUUUCAGGAUGGUAAAGUUAAGCUGCAGCUACACACAGCAGAAAAAUAAAGUCUGUACCCUGGCGCCCUCAAUGGAUAGGGGAGAGUGGGGUAAUUUGUGUCAAGAGGCAAAUAGAGCCACCCCUGUUAUCACUCAUCCUCCAAAGAAGGGAGACACAUGGCUUGAGGGGUAAGCAAAUUUAAGUUCAAAAAACAAUUUUUUUUUUUUGUCCUCCAGAGUAAAAGUUUUUAGUCAUGGUUCCUGUGUUUUGGUCUGUUCUUUGGUUUGUUUGAUUUUGGUGUUGGUUUAUAGUUUGCGGUUUUCAGGUUUUAGGUUUUUGUCUUGCUUAGUUUUCUGUUAAGAUAAUCAUUUGUGUCAUAUUUUAGUUUUUGUCUUGAUUUUUGUUUUAUAGUUCUGGGUUUUUGUAACGUUUAGUUCAGUUUUCCUGUUUUUCCUGGUGUGUUCCUGUG